UCUUCUACUUCACGCUCCAAAAUUUCUCAACCACAACGGCGUCUAAACAAAGCGUAAAGAUCAGCACCACCGCAGCACUAAACAGAGCCGAACCCCUGAAAAUGGCCUUUUUCUGCAUCUCUCCGCCCUCCCCCUCCCAUACUCUCCUCGCAACCAAACGCAACCCUUUCUCUAAAACCCCAAUCCCCGCUGCUCCCCAAACGCUAAACACUCGCGCUCGCCGAUUCCUCUCCACGGCGGCGGCACCGCCGGAGCUCGGAGCCCUAGAGAAGGACCGGAAGCCCCCACCAUCCAGCCCCAGAGAGGAACCGGGCGUGACGGAGAGCGUGAAGGUGCUGAAGGCCGCCGCCAAGACCCGGCGAGUCCCGGCGGCGGAGGUCCUUGACGCUCUGGCCGCGAUCAAGAAGGCCAAGGCGGAGUCUUCCUCGUUCCUCGAGACCCUUGGCGGGACGGAGUCUCCGGGGAGGACCUGGAUGCUUAUCUUCACCGCUCAGGGUAAGUUGGAGAAGGGCCGGUAUUUCCCUCUCACUGCUGUUCAGCGAUUCGAUGCUGCGGCAAAGAGGAUUGAGAAUGGAGUCUAUUUGGGGCCCAUUGGCUGUCUUACCUUUGAAGGCAAAUUUUCAUGGAAGGACAGGAUAUUGGCAUUCAUUUUUGAGUGUGUUCGUAUAAGAGUUGGACCAUUUGGUCCUUUGCAAAUUAGUCUGGGAGGAGGGGAGAGGGAGCCUAGCACCAAGGAUCCCUUCUUCAUCUGGUUUUAUGUAGACGAGGAAAUUGCUGUUGCUCAAGGCCGAGGUGGAGGCAUUGCAUUCUGGUGCCGAUGUCGUCGUGUCACAUAAUUCCUACCAAAAAAAUUCAACUAAAUUCUCAUGGUGAGGACAUCAAGUAGUGUUUAUAUAUUGAUUUUAUUCACAGCCUUUCGGCCUCAGUGAUGUAUUGCAAUGUAGAUAUAAGAAGCCAUUAGUAAAGGUGCUUCAUCGAAAUGUAAUUCCACCUCCAUCCUCUCACAAAUUGAGGCAUCUGUCCUGUUCUUUAUGCUUUUUCUUUCCUUCUGAUUUAUCAACUUUUCAGCAAACUUUUAAUUCUCAAGCAGCUUAGUAUUACACACUUUAAAUUGAAUUAAUUCAUGUGCAGUUACUCAAA